AAGUGAUAUGAGUACAUAUGGAGUUCUGUGGUUUACGUUAAAACUUCUUUUUGUGGUCAGCGCCGUGUGCCUUGGAACCUUAUUUAAUCGCACAGGAAAAUGCAAUGUUAUGAUAAGAAAAGGCAAAACUACCAUAAACUGCAAAGUAGAAUUUCGAGGUUUGACGGCAACACUCCCUAAAACUAGUAAUGACGGGAGUAGGUGUAUACUUCUCAUUAAUGCCACAGGUAACCUAUUUUUGUCUUGGCCUAAAGAUAACCGACCUGCGAAAGUAAAACUAAUCACCCUCUCGAACGUGACGUUUGCUAUGAUGGUAACCGGAUUGAAGAAUGGUGCAUCGACUACUACACCUUCGAGUUACAGUCUUGACGAAAACAGCCCGACAAAGUUUACAAGAACCUACCGACUUCUAUUUCAAAAAUUAAUAACGGAAGGUGCAUUUAAAACGGCGCUGGACGCUGCCUUCCAAAAUUCUCAGAAACCCCAAUUAUAUUUGUGAAAAAGAAUAGAAUACGUCAAAAAAGAAAAGGCAAAA